AUGUUCUGCUUCUUCCUGUACCUGGCUGCACUCAGCAUGCUGACAGGUACAACUGCAACAAGCCAAACCUUCACAAACUCUGGGGAGAUGAACAUCAGCUCGUGUCCGAUCACUUAUUAUGGACAGAAAUAUGACAAAGUAUAUGUGGCCUUCAAUGCAAGCAGAUUUGCAGUUUGCUUCAUUGGCGUGUACAAACCUGGGAUCAAAAACGACUGUAUUGUGAUGUCUGGAGGAACAGCCGACAGAGGUGACCUGGCAAUACUUUCAAGAGAAAUACCCACUGGAUCCGGGGUCCAUAAACUACUGCCAAACCUGAAGAAUGCUGGGAAAUGUGUCAACAUCAUCCCAUUAAAAGACAGUCAACAAUCUGAAAUUGAACAAGUUGAACUUGGCAACUUUGGGACACAAGCAAUUCUGGCAAUCAAGACAUAUUCUGGAUACACCCAUGUUGAUGUGGAGGCAGAUGCAAAAGUCAACGGCCUCACAGUUUCUAAACAGAAAUUCCAGACAGCUGAAACGAGUAAAGGCGUCAUCACAGACGUGAGCGGAUGCAGACUCUCAGGUGUUGCUUAUAAGACAAAUACGACAGUUAAAGACCCAAACACCUGCUCUACUGUCACCUGUGAUGUGAAUGGCGUUGCUGGUGCUGUCAGUUACUGUGGUCCCAUGGAGCGUUGCCAAGGCGAUGGCAGAUGCGUCUUGAACACCAUAUGCACUGUGACUGGCUCCACAGUCAUUGACUUUGUUGGCAGAGUCCGCUCCGUCCCGGAUCGUUGUGGGUACACUCUGAUGAGGCCCUCAUCUAUCCCGGGACUCAAGGUGCUGGGGGUUUUCCAGGAAAGACGCCGUAAAGAUGUCAGUUUUUUGGACCGUGUGAUUCUGCAGCUGGACCAGGCAGGUGUUCAAAUCUCUCUGGAACAAGGUGGCAGAGUUCAGCUGAACAACAAAGUGCUGAUGCUCAACGCCACGGCUCAGGUGGUCCACGGCGUGGAGCUCUCUAAGGACCAGAUGGGAGUGACCGCUAAGAUAUCGGCCUCCAACCACACCGUGUCUGUCCUCUUUGAUGGCUCCGUCACACUGAUCCACAUGACAGGACCAAGUGGAGCACAUAUGCCUGGUUUAUGUGGCAAUUCCAGCAGGACUCUAAGUAAAGAGAAGGUCUCUGAACACAGUGCACCUGGCUGUGAGAUACACUACGAUGACGCUGCUGACAGUACAAUCGACUGCAACGCUACCACUGAAUGGUGUAAUCUCUUGAAGCAAGCUCCCUUCACAGCUUGCAGCAGACACAUUGACCCAGAGCCCUUCACAACUGCCUGCACACGGACACUGUGCAAAUACCCUGCAGUGGAUGGUCUCAAAUGCCAGUUCCUGGAGGCCUACGCAAGAGCCUGCACACGCCACAGCAACGUCACAGUGGAGGGUUGGAGGUCAAAGACCAGCUGCUGUAAGCACGACUUUGUCACCUGUCAGGACAGGUUCUGCAGUGCUCAUGAGUUCUGUGGUGAGAGCAACAAUGGUGCAGAGACUCGCUGCCUCUGUCGGGCCAUUUUUGCAUCCAAGUACAAAUCGACAGGCGCCUUCGGUGAGCCAACGGUCUGCGGGCAGAAGUCUGCUUCGGUAACUUUGGCUAAAUGUCUCUUGGAGGACAAAAGCAUCGACUACUCUGUCCUACACCUCAAUGACCAGACCUGCACGGGUGAAAUGGAUAACUUGACCCACAUGGUGAUGUUCAGCUUCGACAGUAGCAGCACCUGUGGUACAGUGGUCACGGCAAACAACAGCCAGAUUAUCUACAAGAAUACCAUCAUGACGCGGAACAGCUCCAUGUUUGGCCUCAUCAACCGUCAGAUCCCAGUGCAUAUCGACUUCUCCUGUUUUUAUAGUCAGCCAGAUGUCAAUAGCUUAGCUAUCAAACUCAAACACAGCUCUGUGAUCCAGCAGAUUACCUCUGGAGAAUGGAGUUACAAUCUGAGCAUGAAGGCCUACACCAGCUCUGACCGCGUGCAAGCGAUCCAGUCAAGCAAUGAGAUUCAACUGGAUGAGAAAAUCUGGGUGGAGCUGAAAACGGACGGGCUGGCUGAAAAGAUGGUCGUGGUGGUGACCGACUCCUGCUGGGCAACUGAUCAGCCGUCGCCAAGUGGAAGCCUUAGAUACGACCUCAUCAUCAAAGGCUGCCCUAACCCUGCUGACCAGACCGUGAAGGUGGAGGGCAAUGGACUGGGAACAUCCAACUACUUCUCUUUCAACACCUUCCAGUUCUCUGGCAAGACUGGUGACGUCUACCUGCACUGCAGAGUAGAGCUGUGUGUGAGGCAGGGUAAUACCUGCACCCCGACGUGCAGCCAGGCUGAGAGAAGGCGCAGAUCUGCCAUGCCAAAGUACAAGGAUGAAAAUCCUGCCUUCAUCAACUUGGCCUGGACUUAUUAAGUUUCCAUGGAGACUCGGACCGACUGGAAAGCCCGAGACACAAAAUGAUUCCUGUUUUAGCUUUGUCCUCCAUCUGUGAUCUUUGCUGUGAAUCUCUGUUAGCGCAUAUAAACGUAAUCAGACACCCACACUGAUCUGUAUCAAGCUUUUGAUAUGUUUGGUCUUUGUUUUCUGGAAUUGUGUCCCCUGAUAGGAGGAAAAUUAUUUCAUUGGUGAGGUUCUGAUUUGAUUGGCAGCACAUGACACAGGCACAACCGUUAAAGUGUCUGGGAGAAAGCACCAACCAAGGCUUGAUAGGUAAACACGUAAACGUUGAUACUGUAAGAUUUACAGCCAAACCAGACAUGUAAAGUUGAUCAUAUCAGGUUCUGUCACAUAUCAGUUGGUGAUGGUCCCACCAUGUUUGUUGUGAUUGUUGGAACCCUUUUCUGCUAUUUGCAAACAUUCCUCUGACCAGGUUUGGAUAAAAAUGCAAGGCCUUGCGAACAAUGUGGGAAUUGUUUGAUGUUAAAACCUGCAACCCUCAGUCUGUGGCCUGAACAACAUCACAACAUGCUGCAUCCC